AUGCAAAGCAACCCUGAAUAUAAAACUUGGUUAAAAGGGAUGGUGUAGAAGUUUAUACCGAUUAAAUUAUUUGCACGCGUGUAAAAUCCAUUUACUCGAACGUUACACAUGUCGUUGCAGGUAAUAAGAGCCGUUGAGCCAUUUCGGUCCGCUACAUCAUUAUUGUGGAAAUUUCGGCCAAGGCAUUUGAAAUCGGUGACGAGCACUUGCAAUAACGUUUAUACCUUCAAUUUUGCCAACAAAGCAGCAUAUAGCAUAAAGCAGGUAGCGGCUGAUCCUAUCGUUACUGAAACUAAUUGUAAAUCUGAAAACGCCACCGCCGCUUCAAAGGAAUCAAUUACAAAUCCCAAUUGGGGCUCAAAGAAAAACAAACGAAAAGUAAGGUUACACCUAACAGACAUAAUGAGUAAUCCCGAAAUCGAAGCAAAAUUGGCACCCUUGCGUGCAGCAGUAUUGGAACAAGGUAAUUUAGUACGCGAACUGAAAGUGAAAGGUGCGCCAGAAAUUGACGUUAAGCGAGCUGUGGCCGAGUUGAAAGCACGUAAAAAAGUAUUAGAAGAUCGUGAGCUCGAACUAACACCUAGUGUUGUUACAUUCGAUCGUUCAAAAAUGGAAGAUCUCCUUAAGCGACGUUUCUUUUACGAUCAAAGUUUUGCUAUUUAUGGUGGUAUAACCGGACAAUACGAUUUUGGACCAAUGGGCUGUGCAUUGAAAUCAAACAUACUCUCAUUGUGGCGUCAAUUUUUUGUGCUGGAAGAGCAAAUGCUUGAAGUAGAUUGCUCUAUUUUGACACCAGAACCGGUUUUAAAGGCUUCCGGACAUGUGGACCGAUUUGCGGAUUUGAUGGUUAAGGAUGUCAAAACAGGAGAGUGUUUCCGACUUGAUCAUUUGAUUAAAAAUGCAUUGGAAAAAUUAUCGAAAGAAAAAACAGCAUCGGCAGAGUUAAAAGCCGAAUGUGAAGAUAUUGUAAUAAAACUUGAUGGUAUGAAUAAGCAAGAAAUGUCUGAUGUGCUGGCGAAGUACAACAUUAAGUCACCGCUAACUGGUAAUGAUUUAACUGAACCAAUUGAAUUCAACUUAAUGUUUGCUACACAAAUUGGACCAACUGGCUUAGUAAAAGGUUUUCUUCGUCCAGAGACUGCUCAAGGUAUUUUUGUCAAUUUCAAAAGGUUGCUUGAAUUUAACCAGGGGAAAUUGCCUUUUGCUGUUGCCCAAAUUGGAAAUUCAUUCCGAAAUGAAAUUUCACCGCGAUCUGGCCUUAUCCGUGUGCGGGAAUUCACAAUGGCUGAAAUUGAACACUUUUGUGAUCCCAAUCAGAAGAAUCAUCCCAAGUUUGAAAGCAUUGCAGAUACUCGCUUGACACUUUAUUCCGCCUGUAAUCAAAUGGAUGGCAAAUCAGCGCAACAAAUAUCUAUUGGAGAAGCUGUGAGAAAUAAUUUGGUAGCAAAUGAAACUCUUGGCUAUUAUAUGACGAGAAUUCAUCAAUUCCUUUUGACUAUCGGUAUAAAACCAGAAUGUCUACGUUUUCGUCAGCAUAUGAACAAUGAAAUGGCUCACUAUGCUUGUGACUGUUGGGAUGCAGAAUGUCUUACCAGCUACGGCUGGGUAGAAUGUGUCGGCUGCGCUGAUAGAUCGGCCUACGAUUUGGGCCAACAUACACAAGCCACUGGCGUACGAUUGGUGGCAGAGAAACGUUUGCCAGAACCUAAAACAGUAGAAGUGUCAGAAAUCGUGCCCAAUAAACAAGCUUUGGGGAAAACAUUUAAAAAGGAUGCUAAGACGAUUACAGAUGCCUUGUCAAAACUUUCAAUUAAUGACGUGAAUGAUGUUGAACAAACUUUGAAAGACAAACAAGAAUUUAUACUCAACCUUGAGAAUGGUAGCGAAUUCAAACUAACACCUGAGAUUAUUUCUGUCAAACACAGCACUAAGACGGUGCAUGUUGAAGAUAUAACACCUAGUGUAAUUGAACCGUCAUUUGGAAUUGGUCGCAUUAUGUAUGCACUGCUGGAGCAGAACUUCCAAUGUCGCGAAGGCGAUGAACAAAGAUGCUACUUUACGCUGCCAUCAGUAGUAGCACCACUGAAAUGCUCUAUAUUGCCAUUGUCGAACAAUGCCGAAUUCAAUCCAUUUAUUCGUCAAUUAUCCACUGCGUUAACCAAGGCCGAACUUUCCCAUAAAGUGGAUGAUUCGAGUGGAUCGAUUGGUCGUCGUUAUGCUCGCACAGAUGAAAUUGCCAUUCCGUUUGGAAUAACUGUUGAUUUCGAUACAUUAAAAGAGCCACAUACAGUAACCUUACGAGAUCGUGAUUCGCUCAAGCAAGUGAGACUUGGUAUUGAUGAAGUUAUCGACGUAGUUAAAAACCUCUCUGUCGGAAGAGUUAAGUGGUCUCAAAUACUUGAAAAAUACCCCGUAUUUGAACAACAAGAGGCUACAAAGUGAAAUAUUAACUACAUUUUCAAAAAAGAAUAAUUUGUAUAAAUAUUUGUAAAAUUUUAGACUUUUAUAAUUUUGAAUAUUUGUUUUAUUAAGUUUGGCAUUUCGGGCUUAAUGUGUGAAUAUAAUAUUGAAUCCGCUUUGAUAUAGCAUUUAUAUUAUGAAUAUAUUAA